CAAGAUGGCGAACAAACUGAAGGAGAUGGGGGCUGACACGGCAUUCGCCAGAAAACAGCUCGAGAAACAUGGCUGGGCUGAAGGAAAAGGUCUUGGUAAAGAGGAAAGUGGGAUUUCUAAAGCAAUCAAAGUCAACAUUAAAACUGAUACUGCUGGGGUUGGCUAUGAUGCUGGUGAUCAGUUUAGUUUCCACUGGUGGGAUCAUGUCUUCAACAAAACAGCAAAGAGUAUAGUGGUACAGGAGAGCAAUGAUGGAGUAGAAGUAGUGAAGUCUGGUAAAGAAUCAUGUGUAAUUAGUAGUAAAAGACCAAGCAAGAAUUCAAACAAAUCACUGUUAUAUGGCAGAUUUGUCAAGGCUUCCAGUCAAACUCCAAAAAGAGCACUCUCUGAUUCUGAGGAAGACACAGAUGAAGAACGCGAUUUCUCAAAUUUAAGCACCGAGGAUAAAGUUUUUCAAGCCUGUGGCGGUAGAACAGCUCACAACUCCAGAGAGAGUGAAAGCGCGCUAAUAGAAACUCCUCCACAAUCAAAGAGUACCUCUGAAAUUGAACUGAACAAACUGGAGUCGGAUAUGGAGAAAUGCGGUGUGAGCACAGAGGAGAAAAGGAAAAAGAAAGGGAGAAACAGGUCAUAA